UCCCCCCUCCUUCAUCCCUUAUGGGCGUAAUGUGUUGCUCUGCUCAUAGGAUCAAACUUUCUAAGUCCAUGUUCGUGACCAGGAUUCCAAAUCGAGGUAUAUAGCUUCAAAGGCAAUCAAACACUUCCCAAAAGUCACGUUAUAGCUGAAAGCGACAAGAUUCAGUGUAAAUUUGCAGACAAAGCAGAUCUGUUCGAUAUUGGGUGGAAAUAUGCAGCACCAGAGACGGUAUUGGUGUGACUCAUGCGUGCGUAGUAACGAAUAAAUAGGCAAUGCACGCUCUAAAUAUCAGCAAAUCAAACGUACUUCACCGAAAAGGUCACGGUGGAUGGGAUUUUGUAGACAAUUGAUAUGCAAAACCCUGUUUUUCUUAGUGUCAAAAGCGCACCAGACGUUGCGUUGCCAAAGGACUUUAUUUGAUCGUCUUCGCAUAGUUUCUUUUUUGGACUACUUGGUCACCUGUACCCAUCCUCAGCACGGAGUGAUGGCGGCGUCUGCACCUUCCUCCUCUGGCGGGGAACCCGAUCCCAACUCGACAAAUUUACGACCACCAGGCACAAGCUAUGACGCUUGGUGUGGAGUUGCUCAUGGAUGUACUAGAAAAUUGGGAAUGAAGAUAUGUGGAUUUUUGCAGAAGAACAACAACCUCGAGGAGAAGAUUAGUUCCUUCAAGGAAAGAUCGUCUAAGGACCUGCUUGAUAACAGCGACAGGGAUUCCCGUUUCAGACGCACCGAGACAGACUUUUCCAAUCUAUUUGCUAGAGAUUUAUUACCAGCCAAAAAUGGAGAGGAGCCAACCAUGCAGUUCUUGCUGGAGGUGGUGGAUAUUCUCACAAACUACGUCCGGAAGACCUUUGACAGAUCCACCAAGGUCCUGGAUUUCCACCACCCCCACCAGCUACUGGAGGGCAUGGAGGGCUUCAACCUGGAGCUGUCCGACCAGCCUGAGUCCCUGGAGCAGAUCCUGGUGGACUGCAGGGAUACCCUGAAGUAUGGCGUGAGAACAGGUCACCCCAGGUUUUUCAAUCAGCUAUCCACUGGCUUAGACAUCAUUGGGUUGGCAGGAGAAUGGCUCACCUCCACUGCAAACACUAACAUGUUCACCUAUGAGAUAGCUCCAGUCUUUGUGCUCAUGGAACAGCUGACGCUGAAGAAGAUGAGGGAGAUCAUUGGCUGGCCAGAUGGAGAGGGCGAUGGGAUAUUCUCACCAGGUGGAGCGAUAUCCAACAUGUACAGUGUGAUGACCGCCCGCUAUAAGUUCUUCCCUGAAGUCAAGACCAAAGGCAUGAAUGCUGCCCCCAGACUGGUGCUCUUCACCUCAGAGCAUAGUCACUACUCUAUAAAGAAAGCCAGUGCUGCUCUGGGCUUUGGAACAGAAAACCUGAUCCUGUUGAACACAGAUGAGAGAGGGAGAGUCAUUCCUGCUGAUUUGGAAGCCAAGGUCAUCGAUGCCAAGGCGCGGGGUUGUGUCCCAAUGUUCGUGAAUGCAACAGCUGGUUCCACAGUGUAUGGAGCGUUCGACCCCAUCCAUGAGAUUGCAGACAUCUGCGAGAAAUACAACAUGUGGCUACAUGUGGAUGGUGCAUGGGGAGGAGGCCUACUGAUGUCCAGGAAGCACAGGCACAAGCUGAGUGGCGUGGAAAGGGCCAACUCAGUCACCUGGAACCCUCAUAAGAUGAUGGGUGUGCCACUGCAGUGCUCUGCCAUUCUGGUCAGAGAGCGGGGAGUUUUAUCAGGCUGCAACUCAAUGUGUGCUGGCUACCUCUUCCAACCAGACAAACAGUAUGAUGUAUCGUACGACACAGGGGACAAGGCCAUCCAGUGUGGACGACACGUAGAUAUCUUCAAAUUCUGGCUCAUGUGGAAAGCAAAGGGAACAAUAGGGUUUGAACACCACAUCGACAAGUGCUUGGACCUCUCGCAUUACCUCUACACUAAAAUCAGGAACCGUGAGGGCUAUCAGAUGGUGUUCGAGGGAGAGCCCCAGCACACGAAUGUCUGCUUCUGGUACCUUCCGCCAGGCAUUCGUGACAUGCCCGAUGGUCAGGAGAGGCGGGAGAGGUUGCAUAAGGUGGCCCCCAAGAUCAAGGCGAUGAUGAUGGAGUCUGGAACUACCAUGGUGGGCUACCAGCCUCAGGGAGACAAGGUCAACUUCUUCCGCAUGGUCAUCUCCAAUCCUGCCGCCACAAGGUCAGAUAUCGACUUCUUGACCGAUGAGAUUGAGAGACUGGGGCAUGACUUGUAAGGGCCACGCUCAUUGGGAGGAUGUUGCCCUUUGAACUUUCCUUCUCAGCUUUGUCAUGUCCAGCUCUAAAAAGACCCUGAACUACAACAAGCUUCAUAUUCCUGUUGUCUCUUGACCAAUCAUGUAGGACUUUGAAACUUCAGCUGCUUGUAGGACUUUUUAGACCACAGGUAACCUGUGAUCCGUCUCAUGUGUUUCCUGUCUGUUCUGUCUUUUAGCAGUGACUAUGCUAUUGUUAGAUUUAACUAUAACUAUUGUACAGUAUAGCCUACACAAGAGAAUACAUAUUCACAUACUGAGUGACCUAGAGAGAUUUUUUCAGUAGGAGACAGAGCACAAUGCAAGGGACCUCAUGACAUGUGUAUAUAUAUAUAUAUAUAUAUAUAUAUAUAUAUACACACACACACACAGUUGAA